UUCACCGUCACCUUCCGCUCUGUUUGGCAUUUCGUCAAAUACCACAGCGCCACAAAACCCUUGCCCCUUGAUUUCCCAUUGCUACUCCUUCUCGAUCCAAACCCUAUCUCUUUCUCUCGAUCUUCUUAUCCUGCUCUUCUCUCUCCGAUGGCUUCUUGAUUCCCAUGCGGCGUUGAAGUGCGUUCUCGAUUCUGGAGAUUGAUUUCAUCUGCUGGUACUUUGGAGUAGAGUGGUAGUUGCAUUUGAUCUGAGGGAGUGAUGGCGCUUGAUGGGAUUCCGAAGAUGAAGAUUGUUCAUGGAGAUGCUGGUUAUGUUCUUGAGGACGUGCCGCAUUUGACGGAUUUCAUCCCCGAUCUGCCUACAUAUCCAAAUCCGCUACAAGAUAAUCCAGCGUAUUCAGUUGUCAAGCAGUAUUUUGUUAAUCAUGAUGACACAGUUGCGCAAAAGAUUGUUGUUCAGAAGGACAGCACAAGGGGGACCCACUUCCGACGAGCAGGGCCUCGGCAGAAGGUGUAUUUUGAGUCAGAUGAAGUGCAAGCAUGCAUUGUCACAUGUGGAGGUCUAUGCCCUGGGCUUAACACGGUGAUCAGGGAAAUUGUCUGUGGCUUAGCUUAUAUGUAUGGUGUUACUAAUAUUAUUGGGAUAGAGGAUGGAUACAAGGGCUUUUAUGCUCGCAAUACAAUUUCUUUGAGCCCUAGGAGUGUCAAUGAUAUCCACAAGCGUGGUGGCACCAUUCUUAAUACAUCACGUGGGGGUCAUGUCACUUCAAAGAUUGUUGAUAGCAUUCAAGACCGUGGGAUUAAUCAGGUAUACAUACUUGGAGGAGAUGGGACUCAAAGGGGGGCCUCUGUUAUUUUUGAGGAAAUUCAAAGGCGCGGCCUUAAAGUUGCUGUGGCUGGAAUCCCUAAGACAAUAGAUAAUGACAUUGCUGUCAUUGACAAAUCCUUUGGUUUUGAUACUGCGGUUGAGGAGGCUCAACGAGCUAUUAAUGCGGCUCAUGUAGAAGCUGAAAGUUUUGAGAAUGGCAUAGGGUUGGUGAAGCUAAUGGGUCGCUAUAGUGGCUUCAUUGCAAUGUAUGCUACCCUUGCAAGUCGAGAUGUGGACUGUUGUUUGAUUCCAGAAUCACCAUUUUAUUUGGAAGGCCCAGGUGGCCUUUUUGAAUUUAUGGAAAAGCGCCUUAAAGAAAAUGGCCACAUGGUUCUUGUUGUAGCCGAGGGUGCAGGGCAAGAACUUAUUGCUGAAAGCCUGCGAACUAUGAACCAUCAAGAUGCCUCUGGAAAUAAGCUACUUCUAGAUGUUGGGCUAUGGUUAUCACAAAAGAUAAAGGAUCACUUCGCAAACAAAGGCAAGAUCCCGAUAAAUCUCAAGUAUAUAGAUCCAACAUAUAUGAUUCGCGCAAUUCCAUCCAAUGCAUCGGACAAUGUUUACUGCACUUUGCUGGCACAUAGUGCCAUACAUGGAGCAAUGGCAGGAUACACUGGUUUUACUGUUGGGCCUGUCAAUGGAAGGCAUGCUUAUAUACCUUUUCAUAGGGUGACAGAAAAACAGAACAAGGUGGUGAUAACUGAUCGGAUGUGGGCGAGGUUGCUGUCCUCAACCAAUCAGCCAAGCUUUCUAAGCCCCAUAGAUAUGGAACAAGUGAAGAAGGAAGACGAGCCAGCAAACCAGUUGUUCGAUCAGAACAGCAUUGCCGAUGAUUACCAUGUAGAGAGUACUGAAGGCAACAAUAACGGGCUACCAGACGGCAGCACCAGUUGCUGAGAUGUUUCUGGGACUUAAAAAUUGAGUUUUGUGAUGUGAUUAUUACAUGUUAUAGAUAGGAUCUUUGAUCACUAUGAGCGAUAUUUUAAUCUUUUAUCAGAACCCGGAUAAUUUAAUGUUGUUCUUAUUGAAUGCCAUUGUGCUGAGACUA